AUGACGGAAGACGUUCUCACUUAUGUGACCGAAGUCCUUCAAAAUAUUAUCGAUGGAAACCUGGAAAAUUACAAAGCUACUCUAAAUUAUCAUACUACAGAUCAAAACAAUGAAAAAAUAAAGCAAUUUGAUACCGUUUUAAAAAAACUUAUAAACAGACAAACUUUUUUGGAAGAUGAGGUUGUUCGUUGUCAAUCCUUAUUAAAAGAAAGUGAUUCAGUAGUCAUUAUAAAUGGAACUAAUACGAAUAGUUCUUUUAGUUCUAAUAAUGUUUCAUCCGAUUUAUCCGAUAAUACAUCCGAUUCUACCUCCGGUACUACACCACCUAUUGUAUCAGAACAUGAAAGUGAUAAAAUUUGUUUUGAUUGUUUAAAUCAAUGUACUUCAGUUGCAUCAUCAGUGGCUAGUGGAGAUUUCAAGAGAAGAGUUUCUUGUCAAUCCCCAACUUGUCCAAUGGGUACAUUAAAGAAUGCCGUAAAUAACAUGGCGGAAAAAAUUGAUAGCGUAUCAGUUGAAUUAAUUCAUGUAGCACGGGAAGUUGGUGAAGAGGGGAAAUUAGGUGUACAAGCCAAAUCACAACAAUUGGAAGGUUCAUGGAGAGAAAUGAUGGUACAUUUAAACAUGAUGGCAAGUAAUCAUUCUAAACAAGUUCGUGAUAUUGCGGAAGUAUGUACUGCCGUAGCUCACGGAGAUCUCAGUAAAAAAAUUACUGUGGAAGUUAAAGGUGAAACUCUUGUACUGAAAAACACAAUUAAUACUAUGGUUGAUCAACUGAAUUCAUUCGCCUCGGAAGUAACCCGUGUAGCUCAUGAAGUUGGAACUGAAGGAAAAUUGGGUGUACAAGCUCAAGUUCAAGGUGUUGGUGGUACUUGGAAACUUCUCACUGCUAAACUAACAAAAUGUUAUAAUACAGACAACGUAAAUACUAUGGCAGCUAAUUUAACAUCUCAGGUUCGAGAUAUUGCUGAUGUAUCCAAAGCCGUAGCUCGAGGAGAUCUUAGUAAAAAGAUUACAGUUGAUGUUAAAGGAGAAAUACUUGAUUUAAAGAAUACCAUUAAUACUAUGGUGGAUCAAUUACAAACUUUUGCAACAGAAGUAACUCGUGUAUCAUUGGAAGUAGGAACUGAAGGAAAAUUAGGUGGUCAAGCAAAUAUUAAAGAUGUGGGAGGAAUAUGGAAAGAAUUAACAGAUAAUGUAAACAUAAUGGCUGCUAACUUAACUUCACAGGUUCGUGAUAUAGCAAAUGUUUCCAAAGCUGUUGCUCGUGGAGAUUUAUCCAGAAAAGUGACGGUUACGGUGCAAGGAGAAAUCUUAGAGUUAAAAGUUACCAUCAACACUAUGGUAGAACAACUUCGGAUGUUUGCUGCAGAAGUAACUCGGGUUGCGAGGGAAGUAGGAACGGAAGGAAUAUUAGGAGGACAAGCAGAAGUUCAAGGUGUAGAUGGUAUUUGGAAGAGUUUAAUGGACAACGUAAAUACAAUGGCUAAUAAUCUUACAAAUCAUGUACGAGAUAUAGCUAAUGUGUCUAAAGCUGUGGCUCGUGGUGAUUUAAGUAAAAAAAUUACAGUUGAUGUUAAAGGCGAAAUACUUGAUUUAAAAAAUACCAUAAAUACUAUGGUGGAUCAAUUACAAACUUUUGCAACAGAAGUAACUAGAGUCUCAUUGGAAGUGGGAACUGAAGGAAAAUUAGGUGGUCAGGCUGUAGUUAAAGAUGUAGGAGGAACUUGGAAAGAAUUAACUGAUAAUGUAAACAUUAUGGCGGCUAAUUUAACAUCACAAGUUCGAGAUAUAGCUAAUGUAUCUAAAGCUGUAGCUCGUGGAGAUCUCAGUAAAAAGAUAACAGUAGAUGUUAAAGGAGAAAUUUGGGAUCUCAAAAAUACCAUCAAUACUAUGGUGGAUCAACUACAAACUUUUGCUACGGAAGUAACCCGAGUUUCAUUGGAAGUAGGUACCGAAGGAAAAUUAGGUGGUCAAGCUGUUGUUAGCGGUGUUGAAGGAACAUGGAAAGUUUUAACAGAUAAUGUAAAUAUUAUGGCACUUAAUCUUACGACUCAAGUACGUUCAAUUGCUGAAGUUACUACAGCUGUAGCAUGUGGCGACCUAAGUAAAAAGAUCUCAGUUGAUGUCAAAGGAGAAAUUUUGGAUUUAAAGAAUACUGUAAACACUAUGGUGGAUCAGUUAUCCACUUUUGCUGCCGAAGUAACUCGUGUUGCUAGGGAAGUAGGCACGGAAGGAAAACUUGGGGUACAAGCUCAAGUAAAAGAUGUUAAAGGGACAUGGAAAGAAAUUACCUCUAACGUAAAUACUAUGGCAGCAAAUUUAACUUCCCAAGUUCGUGCGUUUGCUCAAAUUUCAGCUGCAGCUACAGAUGGUGAUUUCACUCAAUUCAUUACCGUCGAUGCAUCAGGUGAAAUGGAUUCUCUUAAAACUAAGAUUAAUAAAAUGGUAUACAAUCUUCGAGAAAGUUUUCAAAAGAAUACUGCUGCAAGAGAGGCCGCCGAAUUGGCCAAUAGAAGUAAAAGUGAAUUUUUGGCAAAUAUGUCACACGAGAUUCGCACUCCCAUGAAUGGUAUUAUUGGAAUGACCACUUUAACUCUUGAGACAGAAUUAACACGACAACAACGUGAAAAUUUAAUGAUAGCCGGAAGGAUGACGAUUGAACAAAUUCCGUUCUCCCUACGUUCUGCAGUAUUCGGUGUUCUCAAAACUCUUGCCGUGAAAGCAAAUCAAAAGAAAUUAGAUUUAAUAUAUGAUGUUGAUAAUGGAAUACCUGAUCAAUUAAUCGGUGAUCCUCUUCGUUUACGACAAAUUAUUACAAAUCUUAUUGGUAACGCUAUUAAAUUCACUAAUGAAGGUGAAGUCGUUCUUUCUGUGCACAACAAAAUAACCAAAGGGGAACCAGUAAUAUUGGAAUUUUGUGUUAGUGAUACUGGUAUAGGUAUUCAAGAAGAUAAAAUUGAUAUGAUUUUUGAUACUUUCUGUCAAGCUGAUGGUUCAACCACCCGAAGAUUUGGAGGAACUGGGUUAGGAUUAUCUAUAUCCAAACGAUUGGUUAAUUUAUUAGGUGGUGAUUUAUGGGUUAAAAGUGUUUAUGGACAUGGUUCCGAAUUUUAUUUCACGGUUAGAGUAACUAUUGGUCAAAUGAGUCAAGAUCACGUUGAUCAAAAAAUGGCACCAUGGCACGGUCGUCAUAUUUUAUUUGUUGACACAUUACGUGAUACUACAGGAGUAGUUAGAAUUAUUGAAGAAUUAGGACUUCGAGCAAAAAUCGCAUUUUCGGUAGAAGAAACUGCCAUAAUAACAGCAUCUAGAAAAUCAGAUACACCACUGUUUGAUACAGUAAUAGUUGAUGAUUUAAGUAUUGUUGAACGUUUAAGAGAAAUUGCACAUUUAAGAUAUAUUCCAAUUGUCCUUUUAGCACCAAUGAUACCAAAUUUAAAUAUGAAGAAUUGUAUAGAUCUUGGAAUCACAUCAUAUAGUAGUACACCAACGAAUAUACCAGAUUUAAUGAAUGCAUUAUUACCAGCACUUGAAUCACAUGCAGCAGUUCCAAGUGAUUUUACAAGACAACAACCAUUAGUCAUUUUGAUGGCAGAGGAUAAUAUUGUAAAUCAGAGAUUAGCGGUUAAAAUAUUAGAAAAAUUUGGUCAUAGAGUAGAAAUAGUUCCAAACGGAAAAGCGGCAGUUGAACAAUUUAAAGCAAAAAAAUAUGAUUUGAUUUUAAUGGAUGUUCAAAUGCCAAUAAUGGGAGGAUUUGAAGCGACUCAAAAAAUACGUGAAUAUGAAAGAGAAUUUAGUGGAGGAAUGAACGAUUUGAUUGCUACAAUAAAUAAAUUUCCGGUAAGGAAUCCAAUUGAGGAAGCACAUAGUCCUGAUAGUCGUAAUAAUUCGCAGAUAAAUCAUGGUGAUGAAUGUCGAGCAUCUCAAACCGAGUUAUGGCAAAAUGUACCUACAGCUUCAACUCCGACCAAUACAGCAACUGUAACCAAUCAUACAAUACCAAAAAUGACUUGUAUCAGAGAUAUGACAAAAGAAUUAAAACAAAAAAAGAGACCAAAUACUCCAGCAAAUAAUGUUAUUGAAUCUUUUGAUGAUGAAGAUAUUGGUGCAGUAUUCGAAAAUCCUGAUUCAACAGGAUUAAUUUCAGAAUAUGAAAUUCCUAGUAUAUCACAAUUAAAAGAAAGAUUUAAUUUUGCUUCAUUUGAUUGUGGAGCUUCAGUAUUAAAGGCUAAUAAAGAAGCGAAAGGUACAUCCGCAAUUCUUUCUGAAAGUAAAGAUACUUAUGUACUUAAUCAAUGUUCAGCUACAAAAUUUGUUAUUGUGGAAUUAUGUGAAGAUAUUUUAAUUGAAUAUGUGGCUAUCGCAAAUUUCGAAUUUUUCUCUUCAACAUUAAAGGAUUUUCGAAUUUCAAUAAGUGAUUGGUAUCCUCCUAAAAAUGGUUGGACUGUAUUAGGACAAUAUAAAGCAAAGAAUUUAAGAGAAAUCCAGGUUUGA